CUUCUUGCGGUCCCUUCCAACCCUACAUCUCUAUGGUUCUGUGAUUCCAUGAUGCUGCACUUAUAUAUUAAAUUAUAUUAUAUAUAAAUUUCAACCUAGAAACAGAAAACGGGGGUUAGUUUACGGAGGACAGUUGGAGUUUUAACUUAAAUACUUCAAAUUCUACCAUCCACCCCAAACAGCAGAACGCUGCUCUAGCUCAUUUUAAGAAACUCAAGCUAGCAAUGGCCAAGAAAGAAGUCAAUUGUACUGUUCAGUUCCACCUCUUGUGUAGCUAUUAGUAAGAUGGGUCCUAGAAUAUAGGUGAUACUUACAGGAUGGUAGAUCAUGUAUCCGGGUACACAGUAACUAAAAUAAAUGUAGGGUCAUUGUAAAUAACUAAGUGAAGAAGCACUCACAGGAAAAAGGGUUUACCUGAUCCUUGAAUGUAUAAAUGGGAAUAUCAGCUAGGAAUAGAGAUGUGACAUUACAUCUGUCUACAUCAGCGGUAAUAAUGUAUCUAAUUCUAGUAUCUACAUUUUAAAGGGAAUGUUGGAAAAAUUGGAGAGAGUUCAGAGAUGAUCUGCAAGAAUGGUUUAUGGUCUGGAAAACGUAAGAGAUUAAAAGAAUUUACUCCAUUUAGUUUAUUGAAGAUAAAGUUAAAAGCUGACAAUCUCAAUCUAUAAUUACCUACACAGGAAGAAGAAAUCUGAUACUUCAGGGCUCUUUAAUCUUUCAGAAAGAUCCUGUGGUAGGACGUUGUGUAGUCACAUUGCUUAAUGGACUACUGGCAGGCGCUCAUAUAUAACAGUGAUGAGUACAGUAGAGCGGUGUUUCUCAACGACCGGUCUGUGGAGUGGCACCGAUCCCUGAGAUCUCCCUGACACAGUUUAGGAAGGCAGCAAGCUAGUCCCCGGUAUCAAAAAGGUUGAGAAACUCUGCUGUAGAGACCCUAUGUAGAUUAGAAAUUGUCAGAGCUCAAACUAGGAAAAAAUACAUGUUUUUCCCAGAGACAGCGAUUGAAUAUUGGAACAGCUUCUUGAGGGCUGUGGUAGAUUCCUCAUCACUUUGAGUCUCUAAGAUAAUGCUCUUGGUCAACAACAAAUUUAAUAGGAUUAAAACAGAAAUAAGUGAGUGAACUCCUAGGGCCUGUGUUAUGCAGGUGGUCAGCUUAGAUGAUCAUCAUGGCCCCUUUGGGCCCUAAAAUUCAAAAAUCUUUAAUAGUUUUGUUUUAAAUCAUGGAAGUUCUGGACUCCAGGCAAAGCUGUGAUAGAAGUCCAGCCUUAGCUAUAAGUAUCACACUACUGAGUGUUGUGAAGCAUUCAGACUAAAGAUGUUCUACUUGUGGUGUAUUUUUCUGAGAUAUGACCCUGCAGAUUUUGGUUGUGGGAGUGAUUGCCCCCAGGAGAUUAACUAAGUCAUCACAGUGCUGGUGACUAAAUGUAUGUUGGAAGCAUCAACUGCAGUUGAGAUAUGGCAGCGGUAUGUCUUUCCCAGUAAGCACUGAUGCUAUGAGGAACAGCCAAAGUUAAAGAAUAGGAUAAAUAGAGGGACAAACAGCCAUGAAAUAUUAAAGCAGUUUCCAGAAGCAAGCACCAUAGCAAUAGAUAAUUCAAGGCAUUUUAAAUGAACCACUUCAGGCUUCACUUCCCAGACCUUUAUUCCUCCAAGCAAAGUUUAUUCCUUCACAUGAUGCACUCUGUUAACCAUACACAUGCAAAGUUCUUAUAUAACUAAUCUGAUCCUUUGACUUCAAAUGCUACCUAAGAUCUCUUACAAAUUCCAUCUCACUUGAGACCAAAGUGAAUUGGUGUGUAGCAAUGGAGCAGAACAACAACAGUGUAAAAGAUUUCUCUUUCAAUGUAUUUUCUGUCACUCCAUAUCAGCCCAACAGAUCUGAUGUCCUGGUGUCAGAUGAUGACAAAGCUGGUGCCACUUUACUCUUUACAGGUGUUUUUUUCGGGAUGGUGGGGAUCACUUUCACAGUGAUGGGAUGGAUCAAAGAUGCUGGCAUUAUUCACUUUGAGUGGACUCAAUUAUUAGGGCCUAUUCUGCUCUCUGUUGGUGUGGCUUUUGUUCUGAUUUUCAUGUGCAAAUUUAACAUUCUGACAUGUAAUUCUUGCAAAGAAUGUGAUGAAAGUGCAUCAGCUACAGACCAGUCUCCAAGUGGACAAUCCUUUGUUUUCACUAGAAUUAACCAACCUAUAACUUUUCAUGGUGCUACAGUGGUACCGUACAUCCCUCUUCCUCAUCCAGCCCAGGAAGGCAUUGCUGUGCAUCCAGUGCUCAGUUACUGCGGUGUUGCUUCAUCCAGUCGAUCAACAAUUCCUUCCCCAACCUCUCCUCUGUACUCAAACUCUCAUACUGUCCAUUCUCUGGAUAACCCAGCUAUUACUGAAAAUGAAAACUACCCUGUUUAUCUGGUAGCAGACACAAGAGAUGAGAGGUCAAAAUGUUUAUUAGUUAAUAUGGAUAUAGUUAUUUGAAAUUUUAAAGCGCUUCAUGAGCGCUAAGUAGUAUUGUUAUUAUUAGUGCUAUGUAGUAUUGUUAUCCAAUCAACUGUUAUUGAACCCCAAGGUUGUGGUGCUUUUUGUGUACAGCAUUAUUCAUGUAUUUAUAUUUUAAUAUGCGUGCUCUGAUUUAUGUCUAUGUGGUAUCUUGUAUAAUUUACCUGGGAAAUGGUAAUGUCAAAAAUUUGUUAAAAUCGCCAUCUUGAAUGGUGUCUAGUAGUUGUUUGGCAGGCAUAUUGGCUACCCUUCUCUUUGGAACUUUUGUUUGAGUUUGGCACUCUUUUGUGGAAAGGCGGGAAAAGGACUGGUCAGGUGGUCACUAAACUGCCUAGAGACUAGAGGAUAUAAAAGACCCACACA